CUAGAAAACAAUAUCCCAGACUGUCCCCUUUCUCAGAAAAGUCUUAUCCGGCAUGAACAUAUGCUCAGAAGUUCAUUUCCAGAAUACAACCAUUUCCCAAACAUUUUUGGUAAGUUGGGGAAAUCUUGAUGAAAAUCAAUAAUCUUAUUCAGAAUAUUGGCCAUUUUGCUCCCCCCGUAGAAUUCACUGCAAGCAGUAUGAGACAAUAGUAGUAUUUUUAUAUUUCUUUUAAAAAUAUAAACAAACAUGUAGGACAAAUUGCAGAAUUCAGCACAGGUGUGUUUUUGAGAGCCAUUUGGCAACAAUCUACGUUCCAAAAGAAUGAAACAGUGUUGUUGCGACACCACUGGGGAUGCUUUAAAGCAACAUAAAAUCAGUGCAUAGAAGUUUGACAGUUAGCGUGUAUGGAUAGAAAACAAAAAAAAGAUUAGUUACGGUAGAAAGGAAAAGUAUAGCUUUUGGAUAGUGAUAGUUGGAAAUAUUUAAAGGAGAUAAUAAAAUUAAACUGUGUGUGAUUGCGACAGGGAGAACGAAACAGUUCAAGUUGUGAGAAUACAAACCUCACGGCGACCUGAAAUUGCGAUUCGGCAGUUAAGGUAUCUCACCCUAACUUGACCUAAAAUACAACAAUAUAGCGGUAGAUACGACAAUCAGGAAGCGUGGAAAAUAGGGAGAAACUACUUCUUUUUGAGCGUUACCGUAAAACCAAUCGGUUGCUACAAAAAAUUUAGUUCCGUAUCCGAACAUUCUCAAAAAGAAGUAACACAGGUAGUGUUUACUAGGGAUGUCGGACUUACCCCACGAUACGCCUUCCGAUUUCGAAUCUGCAUCACAAAUGGAUUUGACCUCAACUCCAUGCGGAAUCUGCGGUCCGUCGACUUGUGACGAACAAAUGAUUGGUUGCGACGGUUGUUUAAAAUGGUUCCACACUCGUUGCGUGGGAGUAAAGGAGGAUUCAAUUCCGGAUAAGUGGUACUGCCAAAGCAAAGCCUGCCGGAAACAGGCCCAGGAGUACCAACAGAAGCGGAAGGAUGCCAAAAGGCGCGAAUCUGAUAAAUCCAGUGUAGGUACGCUGGCAGGUACUUCCAGCGUGGAACAAAGACUGAAAGCGUUGGAGGAAAAGCAGAAGCGACAGACUGAGGAGCUGGAGGCGGAGAUGAUGCUGCAGCAGAAGGAGAGAAUGAUGCAGCGCGCAUUCGAAAGGAAGAAAAUGGAGAUGGAGAUGAGAAGGCGUGAAGAAGACGAAGAAGAAGAAAAGGCGUGGCAGGUGGAGAUGCUGCAGCGAAAGAAGGCGCAGAUCGAGCGAAUGAAGGCGAAUCGUCAGGCAUUUGAAAAUAAAAUGGCCGAGCUGGACGAUGAGCUGAAAGCAUUGGCGGUCAUGAAAGGUGCGUCGAAAACAGAUGACUACAGCUCGCAAGCGCAUUGUUCCUCUAGAGCAGAGGCGACGCGUCGGUACGUUCAACCUGUUCAUUGAACAGGUAAGCAAAAUCUGACGACCCGAAUUUUCAGUUAAAAUAAAUAAACAGCAGCAGCACGCAAAUUAAUUUAAAUGAAAGUAACAAUCUUCAAACCUUGAAGCUCAACAAUUUGAUCCGAACGAUAAUCCAACCUAGCAUACCGAGCGGGUAAAUUUCAAAAAAAUUCUGUCUUCCCAUGACCGGUUCAACCUCAAACAUGUACGCAUCUCGUACUCUCACCGCACGCUCUGGAUAGAGCAGCUGCAUGAGCGACGGCUGUAACUGCAGCGUGAGCGUCAUGGGCGCCGGCUUUUUGUAUUUCUUUUUGCACCGGUUCAAUUUUAAUAUUGAACAAAUACAUUGGUGCGAUAUCCAUAUGGGGGUCAGAGUUGUGUGCAAACGAGAGCGAUUUAUAAUUUUUGAGCGCGUGUCGCCGUACGUUCAUAGCAGUCGGUCGAACGCUUGUUUUUUGGUAGCCUGAACAAAUGUUGCUGUACUUGGGGCAUAUUGGUUUUAGGCGCGUAUGUAUUCCGUUGGUUCAACGAUAAUAAUGAACCG